AUGUCGCGUAAUGUCUUUGACGUCAUUGAUCCCACCAAAAUUGCUGUGCAGGGAAUCGCUUGGGUGAAGGCCAAGAUUUGCAGCGUGUGUGCGGUGAAAGGUCUGGAGUACUCUCGCAGCAAGUGGCGAACGUUUUGGAGCUACUUUCAGCGGACUUGGUUGGAGACAUACCCGCCGGAAUACUGGAAUGUGUUCGGCAUGAGGCGUGACAUCAUCAGCCGGACGAACAACCCAUUAGAGCGAUUUCACCGUGAACUAAACAAGCGGUUUAAUGCUGAUCCGCCCAUGAAAACCUUCGUGACUUCGCUAGAGAACCUUGCUCGCGAGUACGUUGCGCAACGGACGACUGUCAUCUCAGGCUUAGCCAAGCCACCUGAGCGUACAGGAUUCGUCCUACCAAGACAGCCAAAGCUGCCAGAGGUGAGCGACAUCGUCGACUCGCCAGCCAGCAGCGACGGUGAGGGUGAAAUUGUCGAUGCUGACGCGGACUCGGAACCAUACAGCAGCGCUAUGUCCUCGACGGGUGACGAGAACGUGGAACCCGGCGAGUACAUUCAGCCGGAUCACUCCUUCGAGUACGACGGCGAGACGUAG